AUGUACUUCUUCCUCCUCAACCUCUCCCUCCUCCACCUUGGCUCCAUCUCCACCGCUGUCCCCAAAUCUAUGUCCAAUUCUCUGUGGGAUAUCAGGUCCAUUUCCUACUCGGGAUGUGCUGCACAGCUCUUUUUCAUUGUCUUUUUCAUUUUGGCUGAGUAUUCCCUUCUCACUGUCAUGGCCUAUGACCGCUAUGUUGCCAUCUGCAGACCCCUGCACUAUGGGACCCUCAUGGGCAGCAAGGCCUGUGUCAGAAUGGCAGCAGCUGCCUGGGCCAGUGGCUUUCUCAGUGCUGUGCUGCACACUGCUAAUACAUUUUCAGUAGCAUUCUGCCAAGGGAACACAGUAGACCAGUUCUUCUGUGAGAUUCCCCAGAUCCUCAAGCUCUCCUGCACAGACUCCUACCUCAGGGUGGUCUGGGCACUUGUGGUUACUGCCUGUUUAAUCUUUGGCUGCUUUGUUUUCAUUGUGCUGUCCUAUGUGCAGAUCUUCAGGGCUGUGCUGAGGAUCCCCUCUGAGCAGGGCCAGCACAAAGCCUUCUCCAUGUGCCUCCCUCACCUGGCCGUGGUCUCCCUGUUUUUCAGCACUGUAGUAUUUGCUGCCCUGAAGCCUCAGUCCCUCUCCUCCUCAACUCUGGAUCUGGUGGUGGCUGUUCUGUAUUCAGUGGUGCCUCCAACAGUGAACCCCCUCAUCUACAGCUUGAGGAACAAGGAGCUCAAAGAUGCACUAAAGAAAUUGAUCCAGUGA